AUGAAAUUUUUCACGUGGUACAAUACAUAUGCUAUAUAUGGUACACGUGAUACACUUAUUUUAUUAAAACCUGAUUCAAAUAAUUCUACCGUUGAAAUUUAUUCGUACGAUUGGCCUGUUGAUCAAAUGACCAUGGAUGAAUGUCUCCAGGAAUGGAAUACAAAAGAUAAAUGCUACAACGAUGUUGUUCAUGUUCGAAUUGUGUCUAAUCAUACGAAAAUGAAUGUUUAUUGCACGUAUGCACAUCGUCCAAUGGUACGGUCAUUUGAUUUACAUUCAAUGUCAUUUAUCAAUGAACAUAUUCUUACACGUGAUCCACAUCCUCCAAUGGAUUCUGAAGGUUCCUAUGUUAUGUUAAAUUUUAAUACAAAUAUUAUUACAGCUGGUUAUCAAGGUGAUUAUAUACCAACAAUACGAGCUACUCAUGGAAAAACAUUACUUUAUGCAUUAAGACAAAAUUCGUAUUUUAUUGGUGGAUUUAAAUAUGAUGGAAAAGCAGUAUUUGGUGUUAUUGAAACAUCUGAACGAACUGAAACAAAUCGUGUGUCUCGAUUAGUAAUGGCUUGUGCUCAUCGAACUGAAAUUGUACGUAAAGCUAUUCUCAAUUGUUCAACUGAUAUGUUUGAUCAAUCGCGUGCAUUUGUCUUUCAUAUUUUAACUGGCCUAGUCGACCCAAUUCAUAUGUCCGAUGGUUCAACAUUACUUUUUGCAACAUUUACAACCAAUAAUUCAACGAUUACAGCUUCAGCUGUAUGUUUAUUUGUACUUGAUAAACAAUUCUAUGAUGUAUUUACGGCGCCAUCGAAGAAAAUGAAUAGAAGAACAUUAAUAACCAAUAAUGAAUUAAAUGAUUUAAUUAUAAAUUGUAGUCAAACAAUUUCAUCGACCAUUGAUCGCGAUAUGGUGGAAUCAGAAAAACAAUUUCUAUCCUAUUUAUCUAAUCCGUUAUUGAUAGAAACCAUGUCUCAACAUACGUUUUCAGCUAUUAAUGUCAUACAAUAUGACAUCGAUCGUUAUUGUUUAAUUAUUGGCACAAGUGAUGGCCGUUUAUUAACAACAUUUUCUGAUAGAACAUUUAAAACCGAUGUAUUCGAAGAAUUAACAUUACCCAUACACAUGCGAUAUUCAAUAAAAUCAAUCGCUUAUCAAAAAACUGAUAACAAUUCUUAUGUGGUUAUUGUAACCAAUCUUGUCGGAUACUUAGCCGUUAAAUUAAUUCCAUGCAAUGAAAAACUUUGUUUUGUAUGUUGGACAAAAGAUUGUACAAUACGAAAAAAAUUCUCAGUAGAUAGAAUCGUUACACCUGAUUGCUCAUCGAAUGAUCGUAUUCGUACAAUAACAAUUAAUGAUACAGAAGAAGAUAUUAACAAUCGUUCUUUAGCAAACAUUUUCUCAUCAGCAAGCACAAUGGCAGAUGAACAGUCAAAUAAUAAACUUCUAUUAUUUUACAUAAUUACGCCAAUGUCAUUAGUUGUAUUUAUUCUCUCAAUGUCAAUUAUUCUUCUUCUAACACGAUCGAAUCAUCAACGAAAAAAGAUUCAUAAUAAAAAUCAUCUUAAAACAAAGCAUCUAUCAUCUAUUCCCAUGUCCGAUUCGAACCCAUAUACAGACGAUAUAUUAUAUGAAACGAACAAGAAAAAAUUAAUUGUUGAUAAACCUCGUCUUUUCCCUAUUAAGUCUGAUACAUCGAUUCCUUGUCCACUUUAUUCAGUAUCAUCUUCAUAUAGUUUACCUUCAUUAAUACUCUCCGCACCAUCACCGCCACCCCCUGCUAUCCCUCCAGCAACUCCACAGUAUUUUUCAGUUCAUCGUUUAUAUAAAAGUUAUGUUUGA